AUGCUCAUAUCUGUCGGAAUAGCCAUUCAAGCAGUGUUAUUGGGAGCAUCGCUCUUUGUAGUUAUUCUUCGAUGCUGGACCCGACUGUACUAUGAGAAGAAGAAGCUCUCUCUGUCUGAGUACUUUGCUUGGAUGGGCUGGAUCUUCGCCUUGGGAUGGUUCAUAACUUCGACACUCUCCAUGCUCAUUCUGGUUCGUCAUCCCCCGGAGGGCUCAGAUGGUCUCAUCCCUAGUGUUGAUUAUCAGAAGAUAGUCUGGGUAGCUGCAUACUUCUUUGACACAGGAAUCUACUGGCCGAAACUCUCUAUCCUCGCCUUCUAUUGGUAUCUUAUACCAGAUGUAUUCCAAUCCUUGAGAGUGGCACUAUACAUGAUCUCGGCAUACCUGCUCUCUUGUAUGACAACAUCAAUCCUUCUCAACACUCUGAUAGCGAGACCGAUCUCAGACAAUUGGUCAGUUGAGAACCAGCUGAACUCGGCUUGGAACUCCCUGCCCAACUUUCUGACGCAGUGGUGUCUGAACUUCUCGACAGAUCUAAUGUUGUUCUGCUUUCCAUUCUUCAUUCUCAAACAUCUUACUUUACGCACUGAGCAGAAACUUGGUCUCGUUGGCGUCUUUUCCCUUGGUGGAAUCACGAUGUCAGCUAGUCUUGCCCGCUUCAUCAUCAGCAACGCAGCGGAUUAUCAGCUUGAUUACCCAUCGGGUAAUGCCCUCUGCAUGGCCGAAAUGGCGACUGCGGUUAUCGUUGUCUGCCUCCCUGGCCUGAAGAAAUUGAUCAUGCGAUCGAGAUCAACUACCAACACGACGAGUCAAGGGUCCAACUCGAACCAGUUAAGCUCGGGCCACUCUUCGAACAUGACGGCGUCCAAAUCGAGGACGGCAUCGCAGUCUUAUGCGGAAUGGGGGGUCAUGGAUGAUGAGAUUGAGUUGCCUAGUCAUCCCCAGAAAUCUCAUUUGCCAGGUGAACUAAAGGAUGUGGGGAACCUCCUGUAG